AUUAUUAUUUUCUUUUAUAUCAACGAUGCAAAGAUAUAGAUUACUAAACUCCUUUUUAAAACAAGAAAGGCUAUUAGAAAGAAAUAAGUUAUCAAUACGAGCAUUUUCUUCAUUAGCUACAAAAAACAAUUGCAAUCUCACUCAAAAUGAUAAUACUUCACAAUUAUCUAAUCGACAGAGAUUUAAACAAAUCCAACCACCCGCAAGUCUCUAUGAAAAACUUGAAAGGCUUGGAUUUAAUAAAUUACCGAAAACACAAAGAUAUGGAGGUUUAAAUAAAGAAAUAGCAAAAAGGAGACGGCAAAUACAUGAACCCCACUAUUCUCUUCCUUUACUCUCUUUUUAUGCAGGAGCAAAACAAGCAAGUUCAUUUCCAGAAGAAACACUAGAUGAAAUAGCUUUUGUAGGUAGAUCUAAUGUUGGAAAAUCAAGUUUAAUUAAUAGUUUGGCAGAAACAACCGUUGUCAGAACAUCAGAUAAGCCAGGAUUAACUCAACAAAUUAAUUUUUUUAAUGUUGGAAGACUGUUUUUUAUGGUUGAUAUGCCUGGAUAUGGGUUUGCAUUUGUAGAUGAAGAAGAAAGACGACAAUGGAGAGAAUUGAUGGAAACUUAUUUUUCAAAAAGAAAGACUUUAAAGAGGAUUUUUGUUGUACUUGAUGCAAGACAUGGGGUAAAAGUAAUAGAUACCGAGUUUUUUGAAAUGUUAAACAGACAAAAUAUCAAAUUUCAAGUCGUAUUAACAAAGUCAGAUUUAAUGAUACUGCCCAAUUUAGCAAGACGAGUUAUCACAGUACAAAAUGAUAUAAAGCGUUAUCAUAAUGCAAUUCAGGAUGUCAUCAUUGUCAGUUCAAAAAGAUACUCUGGUAUUAAUCAAUUUAGAAAAGAAAUUUUAUUUUUAAUGGGACAUUUGGAGACAAAGGAGUAUUAUGAAGACAUUGAAACGAAGAAAAAAGAAGAAAAAAGGAAAAGCAACAAAAAGAAAUUAAUUAAAAAACAAAUGAAGUCUAAAUAAAAUAUUAAAUUAGAGAAAGAGAAGAUCUAUAGAAUAGAUAGUUUUUAUUAUUAUUAUUAUUACUAUUUCUUGUAUAAUAAAUAACGACGACUAGAAUUCA